CGCUUGCCGAGACCUCGCCGUGCGCUCGGCCAUGGCGUCGCAGCAGCCAGCCCUCUCCAUCCUAGUGCGCGAGCCCGACGGCUUCACGGUGUGGCCCGGCCCUCCCUACCCGCCGGGCUCCAGCCCGCCGCAGAAGCUCCCCAAGACGGCGUGCAGCGCCACCACCUUCUCCAGCGACGGCUCCCGCCUCCUCGUCACGGUGGCCUCGGCCUCCGCCACCGUCUACGACUGCGGCUCGCUCUCCGUCCUCAGGUCCUUCGACCUCCCGGGCCUCACCGCCGCCGCGCUCUCGCCCACCGGAUCGUACCUGCAGACCUUCCAGAAGUCCUCCUCCCCGCAGCUCAAGAAUGUCACGGUCUGGCACGUUGACACCGCCACCGCCCUCUACCAGCACUACCAGAAGAACCUGUCCAAGGCCACUUGGCCAAUGGUUCAAUUUUCUGCGGAUGAGUCAGUUGCUUGCCGGAUGCAGACUAACGAGAUGCAGUUCUUUGACACAAAGGAUUUCACUAAAGGGAUUGUACACAAAGUUAGAUUCCCAAGCAUAGCUGCAAUGCAGCUUGCAAGUGAUCCAGGAUCUCAUGUUGCUGGAUUUGUCCCGGAAGCAAAGGGUGUUCCGGCCAGUGUUCAGAUCUUCUCUUGUGACAAGGAUGCACAAAACCAAGUUGUUGCACGCAGGAGCUUUUUCCGCUGUUCCACUGUUCAGUUUCACUGGAACAAGGGGUCUACUGGACUUCUUAUUGUUUCUCAAGCUGACGUGGAUAAAACCAACCAGAGUUACUAUGGUGAAACCAAGUUGCACUACUUGACAACUGAUAGGGCCUUCGAAGGAAUUGUUCCUCUCAAAAAGGAGGGGCCGGUGCAUGAUGUUCGGUGGUCUUCCUCUGGUUCAGAAUUUGCUGUUGUGUAUGGAUUUAUGCCUGCUAAAGCAACAAUAUUCAACAAAAAGUGCAACCCUCUUCAUGAGCUUGGUGAAGGUCCUUAUAAUACAAUAAGAUGGAACCCCAAAGGGCGAUUUAUUGUUAUAGCUGGAUUUGGUAAUUUGCCUGGUGAUAUGGCUUUCUGGGAUUAUGCAGAGAAGAAGUUGGUUGGGAAAACAAAGGCUGAAUGGUCUGUCAUAAGUGAAUGGUCACCUGAUGGCCGCCAUUUUAUGACUGCUACUACAGCUCCGAGGCUUCAAAUAGAUAAUGGAAUAAAAAUAUUUGACCACAAUGGAUCUCUCCAGUUUAAGAAGAUGUUUGAAAACAAGCUUUAUCAGGCUGACUGGAAACCUGAAGCACCUGAAAGAUUUGAUGACAUUGCUGACCUCACAACAUCUUUAAGUAACAUAAAAAUUGAAGAUACAAAGAAACAAGGACAAGGUUCUAAAUCGGCACAAACAUCAAGUAAGGCUCCUGUAACUAUAGGGGCAAAACCUGCUGGAGCAUACCGUCCACCCCAAUCAAAGCAUACUGCAGCGCUUCAAGAUAAGCUUUUCGGUGGCCUUGCUCCUACAGGACCGGAGAUGAGCAAAACCGCAUUAAGAAAUAAGAAGCGCAGAGAGAAGCAGAAGGAGAAAAAGGCUGGUGAAGGUUCCUCUGCCGAUGACAGCUGAUCGACUGGCUUGUUUUAGCAUUUUUAGCCAACAGAGCGAAAUUCAUAGUGAGAGAAGGUUCCUUCUUUUUGGUGGAAAAGGCUAUGUAUCUUGAAUGUGAAAUCAUGAUUUCCAUUAACCUGUGAUGUGUGAGGUCGGAGCAACAAUAUGGCACAGCAAUGACCAUAGUUUUUUAAAAUACAUCGGCUUGUAUAAGUCUAUCACAGAAAAUAGUGGAGCUAUUUUAUUUU